CUUCUCGAUUCAUGCUUUGCGCACCUGGCUGAAACGAUGGCCGAACGCUUCUUGCAAUCGUCAUGCUAUCAGGUGCGCAUACACGGACAGGUACAGCCUUUUUCCUGGUGUGCAAACACCUGCAGGAGGUCCCCCCUGUGGAGAGUCCCCCAGACAGACCGCAUGAGAUGCCAACAGUGCGAUGUGCACGCCCCAGCAGUAAGGACUCGGAGACGGCGCGCACACCAUGCCAAGGCCGAUCGACUGACCGGCUUGCGGACCACGAAGUCGACUGCCGGCCUUCGGCAAGCAACGACACGCUUGUGAGUGAGGUAUACGGUCACACAGACAGACAGACAGACAGACAGACCCUGUCGCAGUCGUGCAGGUGUUCAUGAGCUGUUUCUGCUGUGUGUCUGGGUAGUAUGAGCAGCACGAUGUCAUAGCAAGCCAGAGCCACAGCAGAGAGCCCGAGUAAGCACAUCCGGGCGACACCGUGGUCGGGCGCAUGUGUACACAUGCAUGUUUGCGUGAUCGAUUGCAGUCUGUCGUACAAAGACGAAUCGAAGCGGACCGAUUUGCCCAAUCUCCUCGACGUGUUCACCCUCAAGCCACAAGAAGACCCCAACCAGGUCUAUCUAUAUCAAGCACCUCCUGCCAACGGCACAGGGGCGCCAAAAGAACCGAAACGGGCGGCAUUCGAGGAGAACAACGUAGCGGGAUUCAUUUUGGUGACCAAGUGGGGCGUCGGGCUGCGCGGCCCAGAGCGAGUCGCAGAAUGA